AUGUAUAUAGACGCGUUCAAACGGAUCCUCUUUGAAAGGCUGAACUGCUUGAAGAGGAUGUGCGUCUGUCAGCGGCAAGGCAGCUCUUUUGCCAUGUCUAAGACUGCAGUGAAGAAGCUGCACUGGCGUUCCAAGGUGCAGGACAGCUUCGUCCCCUUGCAGGGCACGUCGGGGGAGCUGGGGCUCGCCGUCGGUGGAGGGGCGGAUUAUGGAGAGUUUCCUUUCAUCACAUCAGCUCCGGGGGGCGGCUUCUCAGUGGGUGACAUCAUCCUGGAGGUCGGGGGAACACCCGUGCUAGGCAUGACGUUAGGAGACGUUCGCGGUGUCCUCAACUCUUGCCCCCACCCGAUCCGUGUCAAAACUGUGUCACCAGGCUCCACAUUGUGCAAGGAUCUCAGGUUAUAUCUGAGUAAGUGCUUCACACCCGGCUCAGUGGACAGCCAACUCCAGCAGGUCAUCAGAGAGAACCUCUACCUCCGAGCGGUACCUUGCACCACCAGGCAGCCCAGAGAGGGGGAGAUCUCAGGCGUCGACUACAACUUUGUAUCCAUCGAGGAGUUCUUCUCUUUGGAGGAGUCGGGAGCACUGCUUGAAAGUGGGAAAUUCAAAGGGAACUACUAUGGCACGCCCCGGCCCGUUCACAUAAGCGCAGAGAGCCCCCCCAUCACUUACCAGGAGCACCGCAACCUGCUCAGAAACUUCCGCACACGCAGCAAAUCGCUCAGCAACCUGGAGAAGGCUGCAGUGGAGGGCAUAAACCACGACGAAGACUUCGGCCUGUCAGGAGGCUCUGCAAGUAUCAGCAACAGCAUCCCUCUGGGCCACCGGUCCACCGGUCGGCCCCGGGCAUCCAGCAGCGGAGGUGAUGGUCACGCUAUAGAGAACGGGAUAAUCGGCAGCAGAAGUGGCGCCAGAAUUAGAGGCGUGAUGCCUGACCACUGGGAGCAAGCCUUCAGUGACCCAGGAGAAAUACUGUACACUGAGCGCAGUCCAAAGAGGACCAGCUGGCUGAGUCUUCGACCCUCAAGCCGGGACACGGCCUACAAAAAUGAGUGGUUCACUAACCAGCCUGCAGAGCUCAGGGGCUUCCCGGUGCACGCAAACUUGAUCAAAGGAACAAGAGGGUUUGGCUUCAACAUUGUGGGGGGCAGCAGGCCGAGGGAGUUUCUCCAAGUCUACAGCGUGACAUCAAGUGGGCCCUCUUCACUUAAAACAGCCGACAUCUUGGUAUACGUCAACGAUGUUUGUGUGUUGGGGGUGUCCCACAAAGAGGUGGUGGAGAUGCUCAAAUCAGUGCCUGUGGGCCACAGUGUGGACAUAGAGGUUAGGCGGGGGUAUCCCAUGCUCUACAACUCAGAUGGCCGGCCCAAGCAGACCCCACUGAGAUUGCAAUCCGGCGAGGACCCCAUGCCGCCCCCGACCACCACCCAGCCUCAGCCCCUCCACCAGCUGCCCCGCAACCCGACGCCCACGCCCCAGAUCCAGCACUUUGAUUAUAACAGCAUCCACAGUGAGGUGAGCUACAUGGAGCCCGGUGUGACCCUCGAUGCCAACGGCAAUGCCACGUUCUUCGCUUCCAGACCGCCCCCCCCAUACAGACGCUCCAGUGUGAGCAACGACGCCUUCUCCUCCCCCGUUCGCCCGCCCCGGUACCUGAGGAGUUUGGCCAGGCUUCAGUCGCUUGACCCAAACCUGGCGAGCCAGAGCGACAGCGAGGUGGUGUCUGCGAUAGGUUCGCACAGGGCAGCAAUGGUCCGUAACCACAACAACAAUUCCCUUUCAACGCCGCCUCCUCAUUGUCGGUACGGGGCGUCGAAGUCCUCCGAAAGUGACCUGUCCACCUGCACGCUGCAGGGCUCCCGGCUGCCCCUGCCCGGCUCUCCCCGCAGGCCCUCCUCCUCCCCCGGCGGCCCCCGCAGCGCCCACUCCCACCUCUUCAGCAGGCCGCACGCCUCCCACCACCUCCGACCGCCCCCCACCCCAGAGAGCCCCCACCACCACCGCCGUGGCUACAACGGUUUCCACGGCAACGGCAGCCCCACCAGCAGCACGUCCUCCCCCGGGGCGAUGAGCGUGGGCAGCGGGUUCGGGGGCUUCAGCGGGGGGGAGCUGAUCCCCGUGGCCCUGGCUCAGGCCGAAGGGGAGAACGGCCUGGGCUUCAGCGUGACGGCCGGCAGCCCGGGGGGCCGGAUAACCGUGGUGGAGAGAGUGUGGGACAGGAAGCAGUGCAACUCCCUGCAGCCAGGGGAUGCUAUUGUCAAAAUAAAUGGGGCCGAUGUCCAGAGUCUUGGCUUUGCCCAGAUACAAGCAAUUCUGCAGGAGCACACCAAACAGGGAGAGGCCAUCUUGCUGGUGUACAGAGGAGGCAUCUACCACUCAUCCAUCUCCCCUGGUUCCAUUCGGAGACUCCCUCCUCCUCUUCUCCGGCCCCCCCCUCCCCCCGGUGGCUCAGAGAACUCCUCCGUGCUCCCAGAAGCGCUGCCCAUGCCCCGCACGUCCAGCAGCACCCCUCCAUCCCCGGUCCCGACGCGCUCGUCCUUGAUCCAGAGCACAAGUUUCCUGGAGUCCAUCCCGGUCACCCUCACCAUGGAACCCAAGGACUGGAUCGACAUAGGCCUGGAGGACGACGCCGCCGGAGACCCGGUGCCCGACACGAGUCUGGAGAAGCGCAGGGCGGAACAAAACCGGCCGCUGCGAGGGUUUGACGUGGAGCUGAGGAGGAAGCCGGGAGAGGGCUUUGGGUUUGUCAUAGCCUCUCAGGAUGUGGAGAAUGGCAAAGCGGCGUCGCUUCUGCCCCAUCGGUUUGUGACGGUCCGGCGCGGCAGUCCGGCGGCAAAGAGCGGCCAGAUCCGGCCCGGGGAUCGCUUAGAGGCUGUGGAGGGACGCCCGGUGGUGACUCUGCCUCACAGGGAGCUUUCUCAGAUUCUCCGCCGUGCGGGAAACACUCUUCGCCUGACCAUCAUCCCCCGCCCCAGCACCUACUCUUCAAACGUCCCAGAGAACGCCGACCAUGACCACGGUCACAGAAGCAGAAAGGGUCAGAGGUCACGUCCAAAGCGUGACUCAAGGUAUUACAGUGUGGAUCUGGAUCGGGGCCCGUCGGGCUUUGGCUUUAGCCUCCGGGGGGGGAGCGAGUACAACAUGGGCCUUUACGUCCUUGGACUGAUGGAAGGGGGGCCCGCCUCACGGAGCCAAAAAAUACAGGUGAGCGAUCAGCUUGUGGAGAUAAACGGGGACAGUACGGCCGGGAUGACCCACAGCCAGGCCGUGGAGCAGAUCCGCAGAGGAGGCCACCGCAUCCAUCUGGUCUUUAAGAGAGGAAAUGGCUAUGUGCCUGACUACGGCCGUGAGCACAGAAUCACCUCCCCCUCCCUCCUGUAUAACCCCAAGGAGCAGGGUUUGGCUGCAGUAAACUCCACCGGAUGGAGGGGGCGCAGGUCCAAGCAGAAGAGGAGAAGCAGGUCACAUGGAGACGAGAGGGGGAAAGGGACGGACAGGGGAAGGAGACUGCGAUCGGAGGGAGGAGAGCCUGCGCGUUUACAAAGUACCGUCUCUGAGCGGGGAGGGCGGUCGCGGGAGGCCAGAGACAGGAGUAGGAGAGAUAAAAAAAUAAGGUCUCAGAGUUUACCCAGAGAUGGCAAUGGGAGAUACGAUGAGAGUGACACGGAGAAGGGGACGGCGAGGGGAAGGAAAAGGGGCAGAGACAGAGGGAGGAGCAGAGAGAGAGGGAGGGGAAGCAGGAGUGAGGAGAGGGACAGGGUCACGGAGGGGGACAGGGCUGAGCCAGAGGAAGAGGAAGAGGUAGAGGAAGAGCGUGAGGCGCCUGCUGCUGUCGAGGAGUGGGUGGAAGGAGUGCUGGAGGAGGGAGGGAAUUAUGAAGAGAGUGACGAUGAAGUUUUCUUACCACUUCCAAGUCCAACCCAAAGGCUUCCCAGACCCAAGGAAGACUGGGAAGAAGAGCCGGGUGCCAACUGGGGGAUGGCAGCACAGUACAGGGGAUUAGGGAGAGAGAUGGGGCGGGAGAAUUCACCAGAUAUUCUCAGGAGUUCAGAUAAGGCGACGGAGGAUGAUGAAGAAGAGGAGGACGGGGCGCGGUCCGUGCUCUCCGUGAGGCCUCUACCAGGUGUUGCUGUGAGCGGGCCGGGGUCAGAGAGCAGGCCCUUCUCCUUCCUGGCCUCCGCGCAUUCCGCAGAGCAGCCGGAGGACGACGCGUCGGAGUCUGGAGGCAGCCAAUCGGACGGCAGCGUGUCCGCCGCCAGCAUCUCAGGCCUCUCUCUGGCUGCCACAGGAGCAGGUGGGCAGAGGGGCCCGGCACUGCCAGGCCCUUGGCUCACGCCCAGCAAGCAGCGGCUGGUUCAGGCUGAAGAGAGAAGCAGGCGGCCCGGGAGGCAGAGCGGACAGGGAAGAGGAGGAAGCGCCGUCUCUUGA